AAGGAUUAACGUCGUCUACUGUGCUAGUUGAGCAACUACAUUUUUUCUAAUUGUCGCGUAGUGACUACAGUUGAAGAGGCAGGUGUGUUGCAGAGGGGGGGUGGUAGUCCGGACUAACCGGAUGGACAUCUUCAGAGGGGGGCUUUGAGGAAAUGUGGCGCUUUAACCGACAAACAAUAGUGCUCUUGAAAAUCGCAUGACCUCAAGUCAUCUUUGUACCGUCUCUGUUAAGCCACGUUGUGUAGAUAGAGGGGGCUCUGUAAAGGGGGCGGUAUUUUUUAUUUUUUUAACAAUCUCACGAGGCCCCGAACCUGCGGCCGACGUUUAUCGAAUCUACUGGGCUUUCACUCCCAAGUGAUCCAUUUGCAGGACUGUAGUAUUGGCCGAAGGACCGUGCAAACGAGGCUUGUAAAAGGAUACCACCGUGGUUGGUCAUCGUGUAUAGAGAGGAGCCCCCUCAGCUCCCUGGGCUUCUCAAGCAUGGCUCUCCUGGCUUACAUCAAGAGCCUGUUCAUUCUUCAAUUGUUGAUGGGCUUUGUAUUUGUGGUGAGCGGCCUCAUCAUAAACUUCAUCCAGCUGUGCACGUGCAUCAUCUGGCCAAUCAACAAGCAGCUCUAUCGCCGAAUCAACUGCCGGCUCGCGUACUCUCUCUGGAGCCAGCUGGUGAUGCUGCUAGAGUGGUGGUCCGGCACAGAGUGCACUUUGUAUACGGACCAGGCUACGGUGGACAAAUUUGGCAAAGAACAUGUCAUCAUCAUUCUCAACCACAACUAUGAGAUUGACUUCCUGUGUGGCUGGACCAUGUGUGAACGAUAUGGUGUCCUGGGGAGUUCAAAAGUCCUAGCUAAACAUGAGCUACUGAAAGUUCCUCUGAUUGGCUGGACCUGGUACUUCUUAGAAAUAGUUUUUUGCAAGCGGAAGUGGGAAGAGGACCGGAAAACUGUCUUCAGCGGAUUGGACAGGCUUAAAGACUAUCCUGAACAUAUGUGGUUCCUGCUGUAUUGUGAAGGGACCCGCUUUACAGAGAAGAAGCACCAGAUAAGCAUGCAGGUCGCAGAGAGUAAAGGCCUGCCCAAGCUCAAAUAUCACCUUCUACCACGCACCAAAGGGUUUACCACCACCCUGCAGUGUCUCAAGGGCACAGUGACUGCCGUUUAUGACGUGACACUCAACUUCAAAGAUAAGCAGACACCCACUCUCCUGGGCAUUGUCAAUGGCAAGAAAUACAAAGCAGACAUGAGCGUAAGACGUUUCCCUGUGGAAGAGAUUCCAGCUGAUGAAGCCGAGUGUGCCAACUGGCUGCAUAAGCUCUACCAGGAGAAGGAUGCCUUACAGGAGACCUACAGCAAGGAAGGCAAAUUCCCGGGGCCCACAGUAAUCCCUCCUCGCCGUCCGUGGACGCUGCUCAACUUCCUGUUCUGGGCCACGCUGCUGCUUUCGCCACUUAUCAAGUUUGCGUGUGGGGUGGCAGUCAGUGGCUCCCCGCUUCUCAUCAUUGGCUUCAUCAUCUUUCUCAUCAUAGCCUCCAUUGCGAUCCGCCGCCUGAUCGGCGUCACCGAGGUCAAGAAGACAGGCUCCAGUUACGGCGACCAAGAGACCAAGAAACAAAACUAAAGACGCGUCACCCCGGACCGACUCCCACUCUCCUCCUACCGUCCAUUCGGCCGCUCGGUCGGGGAGGAGACCCAGCUGCGAAACCACAAUAGAGAGCAGACUUAGAAGCCGUAAUGAGUAAGAGCACUAGGGGUCCACAAGACAUGAGGGAGGAGAAGGAGGAGGGGUGGGGGAGGGGGGUGCUGUACUGCAUCUUAAAACAACUAGUGACCCACUUUCCACAGCCAAGCCCCGUUAAUCCCGCCAAUCUUAAACCUCUCACCUCUCACCUCUUAACCUACCUGCAGUCAUAUGGAAGGCCACAAACAUAGCCUGCGUCCUGCUUUGCACUACCUCCCUACCAAACCACAUUUCCUGUCUGUCGUCACCCAAUUAGGGAGUGGCGAUGUAGUCCAGGUCAGAACAGGGCCCUCCAUCCGCGUGCACCCCCAACCCUCCAAGUCCCCCUUUCAUGCACCCGCUUUCCUUUUUUAAAGCAAAAACUUCCCCAAACCAUGGAAAUAUGACCGUUCACCUUACGCCGGUGAGGACCAUGCGCUUAGAUACGCAAAUGUAGAAUGGAAACAGCUUGAUGAGCUAAAGUGUGCCAUGUCAAAACUGGUAGGCGGGGUCCUGAGUUUACCACGGAGCUGGGAUUCCAGGUUUGGAAUGGUGCACUAUGCACUAGUUUAAAGAAUACGGGACCCAACAAGGCACACUCAGUUACCACCAUACAUUUGAUUCAUUUGAUUAUUUUAUAUUCAUGGCCUAGAAGUGUUUUUCAUACAAUUGUUCACUGUAAUUACUGCAUUAACAUAGCUUUGAUGGACUACGAGGUAUUCUGACUCGCAAACCCAGGACCACUCCCACCUUUAGUUUCUGGAAGCUUCCCCUAAGGAGUGCACUGUGUCAUGUGCUGAGUUCAGAAGGACACAAAUCAAGUGUAACCCUCGUCAAGCCUCCAAUGUCACUCAGUCCCCUUUUGAUUGACUCGUGUGAUCAUGCCAACCUGAUCCUGGUGUUUGUCUUCAAUAAGGGCUGUGCAUGUGCGAGCUAUCAUACCUGACAUACAGCUCUGGAAAAAAAAAAAAAAAAAACGCUGAAACUUUUAUCCAAAAAAAAAAAUGUUCAUUUCCCUUUCAUGUUGUCAGUCGCUUAUAGAAUGAAACAAAAAUGUUCAUUUUGCUUUAGUGAUAUUAUCUUCAAACUGUUUAAUGCCACUCCUGGUUUGUUUAUUGUCAAACUAAACAUCAAACAAAGAGAAUUACCUUGUGUAUUUAAAACUUCCCCUUAGCUUUGCUUUCAUAAGCACUAACAAAUAAUGCACUACGCCAUAGAAAGGCUAACCAGUCGCUUAGGUGCUGUCGUGUUAGAACCCCUUAAGCAAAGGAUAUUUGAACACAAAAUGCUGGAGCCAUACAUAUAGACAGACAAUAUAACAAUACUGAAAGGCAUAUAUUCUUUAUCCUUGGCAACAAACUUGAGUCACUUGUGAAACUUUUCAUUUGUGUACCUGUCUAUUAUAGUGCCUCCAGGUGGCCAAGGCAUGCACAGCAGUAGGAGCGGUACAAUGUCCAAUGAAUUGAAGCAAAAACCAUGGCAAAAACUCUUUAGUUACAUUCUAUAUGGUUGUAUGAAUACAAUACUAUGGAGUGCUAUUUUUUUUAUCCAUUUUAAUAUGGAAAGAUGAAUUAAGCUAAAGUGGUUUGAGUUAUAAAGCAAAUUCACGUAAGGCACCACUCGACAUAUCAAUUAUUUUGCAGUGGUCUCACAACACAAAAAAAUAUUUAAAAAAAAAUCUGACAUGCAUCUUUUUUUUUGUGCAGAUUCCGAAUCUGACCUUUUUUUUUCUCAAGCACAUCAUAAUAUCUGCAAUAUUUCUGAAUUAAGAGUUAGGUUUAGCAACAGGUGGAUUUUUUUUUUCUUUUGCAACGUCAUAGCUAAAAAUGACAACGCAUGUUUAAAAUCUGUAUUAGGCUACCUUUUAUAGGUUGAA